CGCUAUUAGGUAUGCAGAUGUAAUGGAAACCAUGUCAGAGACCUCUUCGCAUUCGAAUGCAACAGGUGCGUCCAUCACACAUCCGUCCGGGAACACGAGAAAAAAGCCCAGACGCAUCAAUCGCAAGGGGUGGCUCUCAUAGCACAAGCAUGCCGUCUCACAUCCAUCCAUCCAUCCAUCCAUCCAUUCACACAUGAAUCGACAUUCGAAUGGUGACAGGCACCAAGCAAAAAGGCUCGUCUGUCACCCUACCUAGUUCCCUCCUCGCUGCCCCACCGUCUCAUCAUCACUGUUUCUGCCUCUUAGCUGAUGGCCCGUCGGCACCCGAACGUGCCACCUGACAGCAGGCAGAAAGGACAACUGUGCAAACACAAACAUGCCCUCGGGGCUCACCCGUUUAGCAUUUUGCAGCAUGGGGACAUUGCUGCUCCCCGCCACCGCCAUUGGCUGGGGGUGGAUGAGGGGCGUGAUAGGAAACAUACCUCCCACAGCAGGCGGAUGCCCACCCAGCACCUGCACCAACCAAGCGAAAUCAACGAGGCAAGGUGGCCACAGUUCAUUGCACCAUCCAUUGCCCCCCCUUGCUGCCCUCGCAGACCCACCGGGAACAGGUGGGGAAUGGGCACGAUGGCGGGCGCCGGUGGGGACGACACAGCCUGACACGCAGACACGUACACACGUGCAUCGCAGAUGGAUGGCAUGGAUUGGGGCGAGAGCAUUGCAUUCAUCAUCCUGUCCUGUCUCCCUUGUUUGUUGUCUGUCUGCUCACGUUGGCGUAUGCCUCUGUGUAUGCCUUGUGGGCUAUGAGCAUGCGAUGGGCCGCCUCACGCAAGCGGGAACCUGACACACACAACACAUCAACACACAGAAAGAAGACAGGGCAGGAGAGUGACCCACAGAACGCACCCGAUGCCGCCGCGCCGCGCGGGGCACUAAUAGAACAAAAGGCUGGCUACUCUUCUGCUGGUUGCACACUAACACAUGCGUCUACAUGGGUAUGCCGUCAACCGACCGUCAGCAAGUGGAGAGAAGCGGGAUUCAUCAUUUCGCUUCAGGGCCGUGUCGGGCUGUUCAUAUCACACCAAUACCAAUACUCAUGAGCAGCAAUCGAUGGAUGGAUGGAUGGAUGGCACGGCGAGGUAGCCAUCAGCAGCAGAACAGUACUAGCGGCAAAGGGCGAGCGAUCGCUCCCUCGAACCUCAUUCAUUGGGCACCGCCUGUCUGCCUGGCACGUGUGUGUUGUGCAGGGUGUGCGUGUGUGCAUACCUUGAAGUAGCCCUGCACGGACCAUCUGAGCAUGUCAAGACUCGUGAACGGCCCUUGUUGCUGACACACACAGAGAGACAGACACACAGGGUGGAUGAAUGGAUGGAUGGAUAGGUCUUCCCUCCCUCCCUCUGUGUGUGUGUUCACCUGUCCUUGGAGAUCCACAUACUGCCAAUCGUGAGCAUAAGCACAUGUAGACGAAGACUGAAUGACCCAGACAGACAGAAGAGCACAUUCACACAGGGUCGGUCCAUCGACCAAUGGUAUGGUUGUGCCCUCUCUCCACUCACUCCGCAUCUCUCACCAGAUAUUCCGGAGGCAGCAUACUCAACUCCUCAAUCAACUUCACACACACACACACACACACGAGACAUUGGACCGGCGCCUCACCUCCCGUGCUUCCCCAGCCUUUAUCACCUUUGCCGCAUCCGGUGCCCCGACAGUAGCCACUCCCGGCUGCUGAUGUUGCUGUUGCGGUGCCGCUAGAGGCAUCCCUGCUGCUGCUCCCAAUGGCUGUGGCGGCUGGACAAUCGCAGGCACAGCGGGGGAUGGAGCCACCGCAACGCUAGGCGGGGAUACCGUCGUCGUGAGUGGUGACGAAGACGACACCGGCUGCUCACUGCGGCAAUGGCGAUCCCCGCCCUCGCUCUCACCCUUGCCGAACUCCCCCAGACCGAAGCGCAGGUCCAUUGGCCUCACCGGAUGCGCACCUGACGACCCAUGCCAUGGCUGACCCCCUCGCGACUCAUGCCAUGGGGGGAUCUUCCUCGGCCCAUUGUCUGGCGAGAGAGAGCGGUGCCUCACAUAGCGGGGAUGGCCAGUGUCACGGGGCCCGUCGACAAAUGGGAGGUCGUCAUCGUAUCUGCGGAUGGGCGGAGGCCGCCAGUCGUAUGGACGGGGUGGUGGCCGGAAGUCUCUGCCGAUGUCGUCAUAGCUGUCGAAGGGGUGAUGUGGGUGUGGGUGUGGCGGGGGCAUGCGUGGGGGGUAGCCGUCUGGCGGGGGGCCAUAGUCAAGCAUGAUGGGGGGAGGGGGAGCAAAGGGCCGCCUUUUGCGCGGCGGCCCUUCGCGUGGUAGCCCGACAUCGUCCUGCAUGCGCACACAGAAAUGGAAGGCAAAGGACAAGACAGAUGUUUUGUGACGUGUCUGUGAUGUCUGUGAUGUCUGCAAUGCAUGCAUAAGUGCCCCAAGAAAAUAUACAUGAGUCUCAGGCUUCUGGUACUGACUGGUAGCUAAUCACGACCACUCUAGAUGCAGCCACUCAGACAAACGAGGUUCUGUCUUCAAUCAUCCCCAACUCUACCCGUCCUUCCACGCACUCUCUCCCAUCCCACCCACCCACUUCGCCAAUGGCUCACCCGCGGUCUGUCCUCGUCUCUCCUGCCCCGCCGACGCGACUCCCGUCGGCUUCCCGACGACAUUGAGCAGGGCAGCUCGGGAUGUGGCGGCCCUCGUGGUGGAAAUGACGGCCGAAUGUCGUCGGGGAAGUUGUCCCAGUGGAUGGGAGGGCCACGCGUGAACGGUGGGCGCGGGAAGAGGCGGUCAUCCGGGAGCUGAUUGAUCACAGCGCCAGAUAACACGAGGCAGAUUGAGACAGUCAGUGAUUGUUGCUGACCCUCGCUUCUGCAAAUGGCGGCCCUGGACGCCAGUCGGGAGAGAGGGAACGCCGGCCUCUCUCAUCUGCAUCAACAGGCACAGGCACAGGAUCUUGUUGGUGUUGUGCUGUGUGUGAAUGUGGCUCGGUGACCUUCCCUUACAGAAUGGAGGUGGACCCAUACGCCCAUCCCGAGGAAACGACAUCGUUCACGCGAGCCUGAGCACGUGCGAGGUCGUGGCCGUCGGUCGCUCCUUCUCUUCAGAGGUGCCUGGGUUUCUGUUUAUGGCCUCCUGUUGGCCGAAA